AUGUUCGUCAUAACAAUUGCCGUAUUUUUCUCUGUCAUCGGUAUGUUUUCGAAAAAAAAAGCUGUGUUUGGCUGAGAAAUCUUUUCUAUGCGCAAAGUUCGUUUCCAAUUCAUCCACCCACUCUUGGAUGGAAAUAGAUUUAGACUCGUGUUGUUUUGAAAAGAGGCAAACACGAAACUAAUCGUUUUUUGCGAAGUAGCUCAAAAUAAAAUUAUUUUAAGGUGCAGCUCGAGCGGAAAAUAAGUGUGCUAAAGAAGAAAACUGCACGUUGAUGCUCGGUGAUAUGGGUUAGAUGCUUCGCAGAAAAGAGAGGACGGAAAAAUCGUAUUUUCAUGUUCAGGAAUUGAAACGAUGAGUUGUACCGGUUUCAAGCAGGAUGAAUGUAGAUGUACCCAACAGAGAAACGUGAAUUUUGUUCUGGAAUGUCAUUGCUGCGUACCUCAAUCUCGAAAAGUUUGUUACACUCAUUUAAAGAACUUUUCGAAAUUGACCGCUUAUUUCAGAAGCGUGGUGUGCCAGUUGAAGCAAUGUUCGGACUCAAGUCGUAUGUUGUAAAAGACGAAACUGAUGCAAAGCCGUCAAUUGCCACAGCCAUCACCCCCUCAGCCUUAAAGUUUCACAAAAUGCGACUUGACGAUAACACUUGUGGACAUUUGAAAUACGGUCAGUACCCUAAAGACUCUUCUUUGCCGAUUUUUGCUUUUCAGCUGAUCCGGACCGCAUGGUCGCAAAUCUCUCUGUCUCUGUGGCGGAUAUGAGUACGGUUACACUCAGAUCGACGCACGCGACGACGGCGAAAAACUGCUGGAACAUUUGCAAAUACAACAUUCUGUCGACAAAUGUGAGUUUUCUCAGUAUCCUUCUGAAAUCUCAUGUAUUUUUAGAAAUCGUGCACGGCCGUCGGAUUCAUUGAAACAAACGCUCAAAAACCAAUCAACGACUGCUACAUUCUGUCGGAAUCGCCAACGAAUUCCACUGGAAAGGACACUUCCGUGAAAAUUUAUGAAAUAUGCGUUUGA